GAAGUGACGUCAGGAAGGUCGGCGACGUCACGCGUUUCCCCUGUUUUGUUGUUUGCUGCCCGGAUUUUUGGGUCAACAGUCUGGGGUUUAAGCCGAAAAGUCACCAUGCGAUCGAAUCCCAACCGCCUUUAUACACUAUAACUGUGUCUGAUGUGGACAAUAAAGCAUGGAGGUGGUGGACAGUCCUGUAAAUCUCGCCCAUCAGCAGUGCAGGAAGGCAGACCGCUUGCUUGCUGCUGGGAAAUAUGAAGAGGCAAUCUCUUGUCACAGAAGAGCUGCAGACCUGCUGAAGGAGGCCAUGAAGCUCACCGAGUGUGAACAGGCUCGCCUGUCUUUAGAGUUGCAGAGAGACAGCCACGUAAAGCAGCAGAGGUUAAUCGAGGAGCGGUGGAAGCGAGCAAGACGAGAAAACAAGCCUUGCGUCCUUCAGGUGCUCCCUCCCUCAUCCUCAGUGUCAGUGCCUCACGCUCAGCUGAGCUCCUCCUGCCCCGAACGUGAGUACGACACCUGGCUGUACCUCCUGAGAAACAGAGGUUCCCCCGGCACCGUGGCCGAGCCGACCCCAGGCACCAAGGCCCGCAAAGAUGACAAGACACGCCUGGAGGAGCAGCGCACCACCAUAGAGGACCUGCGGCAGCUGCUGGAGCGACUGUUAGCAGAGAACGAGCGCCUGACUCGAGAAAACAAGCGGCUACACCAGGAGAACGUACGCCUGCGCAGGGAGAGUGAUGCAGAUGCCCAUCUAGUAGAGAGCUCGGAGUUGUGGUUACUGCCUUCAGCACCUGACCAGCACAAACCUGCAGGAAUCACCAUCCCACACCUGCCCCCACUCGAGAUGCCCCCUCACGAGAUUCCGCUGGAGGAGCUGCCCGCACUCGAGCUGCCUGAAGACAUCCAGCAUGAGCUGCAGGAGCUGCUGGAUGGAGAGAAACUGUGAGCAGAUAUGCGCUCACCAAAGGGAAAAAUCGAUGGGCUCUGCAUCAGCGUGGUCGCGCCACUCAGGUUUCUGUCUGUGGUCUUGGUGGCAUGAAUGGCUUGUUUUUAUGCAUCAGAUGCAGUUUUUUUAAUUUCUCCGUCUCUAAUGAUCCUAGGUACUGCAGCUUUUUGAUACAAAAAAGGAUUUUUGCAGGUCUUGUGCCUUUUUUGAGUAUUUCCAGUGUGAAAUGUGUAAAAUAUCUCAUAGUGGAAGCCAUGAUCGUCUGAGAAGCUUGGAGAGCGCAUGACUGAGAUGUUUUGGGAAAAUAUCAAAGCCCGCUCUUUAUCAGGAGGAGACCCUGGAGUCUCCGAGAACCCACUAUAUCCCAGACACAGACAGCAAGCACUGUGAACUGUGUGUGUGUGUGUGUGUGUGUGUGUGUGUGUGUGUGUGUGUGUGUGUGUGUGUGUGUGUGUGUGUGUGUGUGAGAGAGAGAGAGAGAGAGAGAGAGAGAUUAUGCAUGUGUUUCUGUAGCUUCUUGAUUUUUGAUUUUUCUGUAUCUUCUUGUUAGACAUGCUGUCAUGAAGGCAUGUGGAAAAGCAUGAACAGAGAUUCACUGCCUCGGAUCGUGUCUCGUCCUUUCCACCUUCUCCUGACUCGAUGCUGUUAGAGACACAGAGCUAACCGGCUUACACCAUAACCCAUGUGAGGAGAUCAGAAACCUGUGUGUCCUGUCUUGUUAUGAACAGUUCCUGUGACCCUGAGAAAGACCAGCCACAAACUCAGCAAUAACACAUGCUACACUUUUCAGUCUGUUGUUGUUUAUUCUUUUGUUUCUGGUGUUUGCACAGGAACCUCAGAUCUAAAUGCACGUCUCAGUGAAAGAAUCUCAAACCUUUCUCCAUCAUCGUCAGUUUAAUGUUUGUUUAAUGAAUUUUAGGUAUUUUUGUGUUUGCUUUUGUUUCUCAGAUGUUGUAAUAUUUUCAGGUAAAUGUGUGAUUUUUAAUUUGAAUAUGCAGAAAUACUUUGACUAUCCAUACAAUCAUGCAGGACAUAAAUCGGCUUUAAGCUUUACGUCAGACGCUAAUCCGGAGCAAAUCCACUCGUGCCACAUGUGAAAGGAAAAAAAUCUGAAUGCUUUUUAAUGGGAUUUAGAGACGUUGUGUUUGUCUCAUGAAGAGGGAACCAAAUCAUUGUUUUAAUUUAACUUUUAAAUGUAAUUAUUGUUUUUGCAGAUGUAGUCCGAGUGCAUCUUUCACCUGUGUGUGUGUGUGUGUGUGUGUGUGUGUGUGUGUGUGUGUGUGUGUGUGUGUGUGUGUGUGUGUGUGUGUGUGCCAUAUGAUGAAAGUGUUUUGUUCCUGCAUGAAUGCCUGUUGUUGCUCUAAACUGUAAGAUCGUUCAUAUAUUAUUAUAAAGAAGGAUUUAUGUUACAGUUGGCUUGUUUAAUCAGAAUUUUGUGUUUUGUAUAAUGACAUUCAAGAGUGAAUAAACUAAAUAAUGUAGA